AUGGAUGCCCUGCUUCAGCAGCAGGAGGAGGCCGCCCGCGAGCGUGCCGCGCGGCGUGCCCAGCGGGCUCUCAAGACUUCUUCUCAGCCUAACAUGGCAACUUCUGCACCUCCCACGAAACCCCAGCGCCGCAAGGCUCCCGUGGCGGCGCCACGCCCCAUGUCCGAAGUUGUGGCCACGAAGAGCAACGAUCCCUUUGCUGCUCCUCCUGUUGCUGCAAAAGCCCGGCCAGUCUCGCUGGCUAAUCCCACUCAGAGUGCGCCCAAGCCCGCGCCCAAGCCCGCGCCCAAGCCCGCGCCCAAGCCCUCGGCACGGGCCGCGCCCAAGCCCUCGGCACGGGCCGCGCCCCCCAGCAAGCCACGCGACUCGACUGACGCUGCUGCUGCAAUGAUGCUGCACAUGCUGAUGGGCGAGUCGUCGACUGAUCCAGACACCGAAAACCAGCCUCAGGGUCCCGAGCAAGCGGAAGAAGAUGCUUACUUGGAGAUCAUGAACGCAGCGGAGGCUGAGGCAAGCAUGGCCGCACCUGACGCAGUGCCAGAGGCCGACCAUUCCACUGGGCCCUCUCGAUCUGUGUCGUACCUCGAUCACGAGCGAGUUUAUGCCCACGAGCACAGCUACAUUGCCACUCCAGUGCACUCGCGCUACAACACCAUGGUGGCCGCCAACGAAAGGGCACAGGCAUUGUCCCCCCAAGCUGAUCCAGUAGCUCACAAUCAGCACUUGGACCUGAGCACGUCGGACGCUCUCCUGGAUGCUACCAUGUCGCCAUCGGCGUCAUUCAAGUUGCACCGCACAGACUCGAUGCGCCCCCGCGCUGCAACCGUGGCCCAGUUCAACCUGCAACAGCUCAACGAACAGAGCGGCCAGUCCCUCGAAGAGGCUGAUAAUAGCAGCGAUGAGGACGACAACCUGUUUGAGCCUGCCUGUCGUGGCGAGGCCAUGCCCGUGUCGGUGGAGGGCAUGCCCAGCUAUCACGAGACUGAAGAUAGCGACAAAGCUGCUCCCGAGUACGAUCUGGCCAUGGGUGAGCUUUUGAGCCCCCCUCGAAUGCCCAGUGCCUACAAGCACCGUGCCGGAUCGCCCGCGCGCACCGGCAGCCAUCAAGAGAUCAACGCCAACACCCAGCACUCAGGCAAAGACAACACGUAUUUGUCUACGGACGUGUACUGCACCCCCCGUCGGCCCCACGCUGCGCAUGCUCGUACACCGCAAAACCGAGGCAAGCUUCAGGACGUGGUCCUCUCGCCAUCCUUUCGCUCAACCAAAACGCAGUUUGAGUGGCGGCCUCAGAACAUGGUCGACAUGGCCAACGAUCUGCAGAAGCUGAACAAGGAGAUUGAUGGCCUUAACAAAGUUCUUUUGGGCAGUGACACGGAGGCGCGUGGCAUUCAGAUCAUGUAUAUGACCCGUCUGCACGAGGUUGCCCGUGCCAAGCUACAGAUUGAGCAGGAGCGCCGCGAGCACAGUGCAAGCUGGGAUGAGCCUGUGCACCCAGCCGCCCGUGACCUUUGCAUCAAAAACAUUGAGCUGCCCCUUAUUUAUUGGUCUGACAUUGAGGCACCGGAGCAUAGCAAGUUCUUCAUUUUUGCUGUUCUCUCCUACCAGAAUCAAGUGUGGGCCACAGAGAUGGUUCGUUUUGAACAAGGCACUGAUCGCAUCAAGCUGCACACGCCGGCCCGGUUUACCAACGUGACCUCUGCCUAUGAAAUCGCGUGCGAGUUCUUCAUGUAUCAGCUCGUGUGCGAGCCUGAUCUCAAGCUCAGCACUCCCAAGCGAGCUCUGCGCAAGCUCAAGGCUGCCACGCCUCGCAAGCUGGCGCGCAUGAAACAGUUUGUCAUGGACUGCCUGGCCGACGGCACCCGCCAUCCCCGCCAACGCCAGCCAUCGGCGCCCCAGGCACACUGGUCUGAGGGUCGUGGCUUUCGCCUCGCCGCCGAGUGCAAGCUGACCGCUCGCACCGCCAACAGUCACGAAUUGCGCCUUGAGGUUCAUAGCCAGGGCUUCCCUCUGACGGAGCAAAUCUCCAUCUCUCAUCGUCUUGACACUCUGAGCUUGCCGAGCUACGAAGGCCACCUGACCAUCCGUGAUGGCGUUGAGUGGCGUCGCACGUACUGUCGUUUGAUUGACGCAUACCUGCGCGUCUACAAGGACACAGAUUGCACUGAGGAGUUGCGAGCCUUGGACAUGAGCUUGCUGCUGCAACGGGAGGUUCAUAUCGCCAAGACUGAUCGCACACAAUGUGCACGAGCCAACACCUUUGACAUCAAGGGCCAGCAGGCUCUCCUGGAUGGCAACCAUGUUGAGGUGGCCUGGCGCCUGAGCACCGAUACCAAGGAUGCGCUUCAUGAGUGGCUGGCCCACUUGCAACUCACCAUGGAUUGCAUGCUCCAUUGGUGCUAAGUUUUGUGACGCCGCUCCUUCUACUUUUUUCUUUCAACACUCUGUUGUUUUCGCCAACCACUCUUCGAGGGCCUGGGCGCAGCGCACCGUUACUACUGUAGGACCUGGGUCGUAGUAUCCACGUAUCGUUUUUGUUUUUUUUGCACGUGUGAGUUGUCCAGUGUAUUCUUUAUCUUUCUUCUCCCUUUUUUUUUUUUUGUUCUUAUUCUGCUCGAGAGACAUGAAAGACAACCCCGCACACUUCGUUUCUGGCAGGCCCUCCCUUAACCUAUGAUAUAGUCGAUCCCUUGCCAAGG